AUGGCCGUUGGAGACCCCCGUUCCAUUGCGACAGGGUCGCUAGCGCCAGUAGUAUGCACUUCAUGCAAAUCGCGCAAGCAAAAAUGUGACAAAUCAUUGCCGAGUUGCUCCCGUUGCAAAAGGCUUCUGUUGAAAUGCGACUAUCCUGCGCCAGCCUUGUCAAGACAGCCACCGAACGAGCUCAAUAGAGACUCCAACGGCGGAUCACUCGCGUCACCUAACAAACCCGAAGCUAGUCGUGAGCAAGUGCUAAAACAAGACUUUGACAUUCUGCAACACGAAAGCUUCCCUGAUUUGGCUCGGAUGAACGAAAUUUUCAUCAAGCACAAAGGACAGCUCGUCGAUCUGGCAGAUGUCUUUCUUUCCUCUUGUCAGAGAUGGGUACAUAUCGUCCACCCCGACAUGUUUCGAGAACGCUGCAACACGAUACGGUUUGAAAUUUCUCAUGACUAUUUUGCCCUACUUGUCAGUAUGGGAAUGGUAUCCCGGCCGUUCUUGGACGGAAGCGCUCCUGACGCGUUGCGGCUGACCAUGUAUGCGACGGUGAAGAAGCUUUUUUGGGAGAUGGUGCCUCUUGCACAGCCUACGCUCUGUCUUGUCCAAGCAGGUCUGCUGCUUUCUGUGUAUGAAUAUGGACAAGGCCUGUUGAACGCAUCUUAUAUUACAAUAUCCGCCUGUGUGGGUAUGGCACAAAUCCUCGGACUCUGCGCCGUGCAGCCUCCGCCGCUUCCGCAACUGGGGACGUUGAAACCCCAGGAUGAGGGGCUACAGACAUGGUGGGGGAUUAUGAUUCAUGAAAGAAUGAUUAGUUUGAAAAGCGGCAUAUAUAUCAAACCUCUGGCGUUUUACAGUCCCGACUCGAUGGAGAACGAAUCACUGGAAGAGAAGCUCCGGUCUAUUAUACCUCAAAUUAACAUCGACAGUCACUACCCUUGUUUUUAUCUUCAGGCAAGGGCUGCGAUCUGGCUUGAUCGCGUUUUGGACGUGAUACGAAGUCCCGGCACGGCAACUCCAGAAGGGCGCAUUCGUCUUCAAAAUUUGGAUCGAGGGUUGCUUAUAUUCUUGAGACUUUUGGUCCAGCUGGGGAUGGGUACUUGUUGUGAGGCUAUUGCUAUUGGGUUGAAAUGGCGAUUCAACUCGAACGACUCUUUCAUUUCCACCAAACAAGACAAAAUUGAAUCGUCUCAGGCUAUUGAAACAAUACUCAAUGUUUUGACAGAUAUCUCCACUGAUGAAGUCGCUAAGAAAAAGGGCGGCAGUAACGAAUGGAUGCUGGGUGAAAUAUUUCCGUACACGGUAGAUACAAUUUACCAACUCGUCCUUGAGAUGCGAGAGCGCAAGCGGCUUGCAUAUCAAACCAUUGUUGACCCCAUAACGGAUGCUCGGAACGCAUCCCCUGCCUUCGAAACGCAAGUGAAUAUGUUGAGAUACAUCUUGGAGAAGCAGACCAUGCGAUGGCAAAUUUCUCAUGAAUUCCUAGAAUCUUUAGAUUCUAUUCCAAGUUAG